AUGCCGCCAAAGGUCGACGUCAACGACCCAGAGAAUGCGAGGCUUCUCAAGCUCUUCGAAUCCCUCAACCUGAGCGGAAACAGAGCCAUCGAGACCCUCACAAAUCCAAAACACACCGCCGCCCUCGAAAGCGUCAUCACAGACAACCAGCUCACCUCCAAGUCGAUCGAUCCAAAGGCCUCGGCGCUCAUCGUCUCCGCAUCCACGGGCAAGGACGCCUCCAACAAGUCCAGCAGAGACUAUGUCGUCUCGCGCAUCCUCGACGGCAGCCUCGCCUCCUCCGACCAGCUCAAUGCCGCCUACAAGUUCCUCGCCAACACCACCGGCCAGCCAGACAAGGCCGCCUUCGAUGCGGAAUGCGGUGUCGGCGUCGUCGUGACCCCAGACCAAUGUCGCUCCGCGGUGGAAGCAUACGUCGCAUCUCACAGAGCCGAGCUCGACCCUGUCGAAGGGUGGCCAAAGCUCGGUUCCAUCCUGGCAGGCGUCAAGGCCACACCUGAAAUGCGCUGGGCGAGCGCCGUCGACGUCAAGGGCGCCGUAGACGCAGUGCUCCUCGCCACAUACGGUCCCAAGAAGGCCGCACCACCAAAGGAAAAGAAGAAGCCCGCCGCAGCAUCUGCAGCCGAUGCCAAAAGGGAGGCGGCACCCACCGGCCCCGUCGACCCAGACGCCAUGUUCAAGGAGGGCUUCCUCGCCAACCUCCACAAGCCCGGCGAGAAUCCUCAGAUCAAGCCCGAACUCAAACAGCAGCACCUCGCAGCCACAAAGGGCAUGGUCAUGACGCGAUUCCCACCAGAACCCAACGGAUUCCUCCACAUCGGUCACAGCAAGGCCAUCGCCGUCAACUUUGGCUUUGCCCGUCACCACGGCGGCCUCUGCUACCUCCGCUACGACGACACCAACCCCGAAGCCGAGGAGGAAAAGUACUUUACCAGCAUCCUCGAAACCGUCCGUUGGCUCGGCUUCGAACCCUUCAGGGUCACCUACUCGAGCGACUACUUCCAGAGGCUCUACGAGCUCGCCGUCGAGCUUAUCAAGCGCGGAAAGGCCUACGUCGACCACUCGACGCCAGAAGAGAUCAAGGAGCAGCGCGGCGGUCCCGAGCGCGGCCCCCGCAAGCCCUCGCGCUUCCGCGACCGUCCCAUCGAGGAGUCGCUCCAGGAUUUUGAGGACAUGAAGAACGGCAAAUACCCGCCCGGCAAGGUCACGCUCCGCAUGAAGCAGGACAUCGAGAACGGCAACCCGCAGAUGUGGGACCUCAUCGCCUACCGUGUGCUCGAGGCCUCGCAUCACCGCACGGGCAAGGACUGGUGCAUCUACCCGACCUACGACUUUACCCACUGUCUUGUCGAUAGCUUCGAAAACAUCAGCCAUUCGCUCUGCACCACCGAAUUCAUCCUCUCGCGCGAGUCGUACGAGUGGCUCUGCGACGCACUCGAGGUGUACAAGCCGCGCCAGUCCGAGUACGGCCGUCUGGCGCUCCAGGGCACCGUCAUGUCCAAGCGCAAGAUCCUCAAGCUCGUCAAGGAGCGCUACAUCGAGGACUGGGACGACCCGCGCAUGUUCACGCUCAUCGCCCUCCGCCGCCGCGGUGUGCCGCCAGGCGCCAUCCUCUCGUUCGUCAGCGCGCUCGGCGUCACCACCGCCAAGUCCACCAUCCAGAUCAGCCGCUUCGAUCAGGCGGUUCGUCAGUACCUCGAGUUCUCGACGCCACGCCUCAUGAUGGUGCUCAACCCGCUCAAGGUGACCAUCGAGAAUCUGCCCGAGGACCACUACGAGCAGCUCGAGAAGCCGCUGCAUCCCAAGGCGCCCGAGAUGGGCACCAACAAGAUGCCCUUCACGCGCACCGUCUACAUCGACGCCUCGGACUUCCGCACCGAGGACAGCAAGGACUACUUCCGCCUCGCGCCGGGCAAGACCGUGGGUCUGCUCCAGGUGCCCUUCCCCAUCACCGCCACGUCGUUCAAGACCAACGACAAGGGCGAGCCCAUCGAGGUGAUUGCAACGUACGGCGACGCGAGCACGCCCAAGCCCAAGACGUACAUCCAGUGGGUUGCCGAGCACGCGCCGUCCAACAGCCCGGUCAAGGUGGACGAGACGCGCAUCUUCCUCCAGCUCUUCACCUCGGACGACCCGGCAGCCGAGGACAACUUCCUGGAGCACGUCAAUCCGGAUUCGCUCGAGAUUGUGCGUGGCGCCAUGGUCGAGGUGGGCUUCUGGGACGUGGCCAAGCGCAGCAUCGAGCAGGCGCGCAUCGAGGCGGCCGAGCGCACCAACAAGGCCGAGGCGGACGCCGCCAAGGCGCAGAGCGAGACGCAGACGCCCGAGGUCAAGGAGGCCGGUGCCGGCGCCCCCGCGCGCACCGCCGAGCAGCUCGUGGGCAAAGAGCUCGUUCGCUUCCAGGGCAUGCGCACCGCCUACUUUGCACUCGACCGUCUCAGCGGCGAUCUGGGCCUGUUCGGAGACAAGGCGCCCGGCGGCUCGAUUGUGCUCAACCGCAUCGUCAGUCUCAAGGAGGAUGCCAAGAAGGACGACAAGAAGACGCCAGCGCCACCAGCAGCCAAACCCAAGAAGAACGCAAAGUGA